UACCGUCUUUUGACAUGUACCUAGUUUCGAUACAGCCUUAACGAGUGUUACGUCAGUUUCCUGAAAGACAACACUGAGGAAACAAUAUCCAAAAAUUGCGAAGAAGAAACACAAAGAGACAAAAUCUUAAAUAGCAAUUUAAACUAGCGUGCAUAGCGGGGUACGUUGUCAUUAAGAAUCCACGUCUGUUAAUUAACAAUAGCGAGAAAAUACUGAAGCAGCUUGCCAAUUUAGAACCAAAUCAGAUGAACUCACGACAAUAAAACUUUAAGGUAAUACAAUUUCCAACAAAUAAUUUAAAUCUACAGUUUAUAAAAUCUGUGUUAAAAAUAUUACCAAAAAGAUAUAAAACGGAAAGAAAAAAGGAUAAAGAUAGUUGCCACGCGACAAAAUAAUGCUAUUGUUACCGUCUAGAGGAUGGCGCUAACGCACCUUUGAAGGUGUUUGCCAAACAUGAAAAAACAAGAAGAAGAAAGGUAUUGUUUCUGUCUACUGACGUCACAAUUAAGCGUCCAUUCAGCGGGACGCUCACAGGCUUCGAACUGUUUGCCUGUGGUGCUGCAGAAAGCAAACAAAUUCCAACUGAAAUAAAGCUGUUUUAGUCAACCAAAACUAUUGAUAUGAUCGAAAAAGAGGACCCGGUCAUCAGCGAGGAGGAAGCGGCACAGUACGACCGCCAGAUACGUUUGUGGGGGUUGGAUGCCCAGAAGAGGCUGCGAGGGUCCCGGGUUCUCCUGGCAGGUGUUGGAGGUCUUGGAGCUGAACUGGCUAAAAAUCUGAUCCUGGCUGGCAUUAAAGGACUCACUUUGCUGGAUCAUGAACAGGCCUCAGAGGAGUCAUGUCGGGCGCAGUUCCUGGUUCCGGUGUCAGCUCAGGGUCAGAAUCGGGCUCAGGCCUCCUUGGAGCGGGCACAGAACCUCAACCCAAUGGUGGAAGUGCACGCCGACCCGGACAGAGUUGAAGACAAACCAGACGACUUCUUUUUACAGUUUGAUGUGGUGUGUCUGACAGGUUGCUCCAGAGACCUGAUGGUGCGCGUCGACCAGCUCUGCUCUCAGCACAACAUCAAGGUCUUCUGCGGUGACGUCUACGGUUACUACGGUUACAUGUUCUGUAACCUUGGACAGGAGCACCACUAUGUGGAAGAGAAACCCAAAGUAGUGAAGCCGUCCCCCAGUUCCAACGAUGGUCCAGAAGCAAAGAAAGCUAAAGUCGACCCAAACGAGACCACCAUGGUGAAAAAGACGGCCAGUUUCUGCAAUCUGAAGGAGGCCCUGGAGGUUGACUGGACCAGUGAGAAGGCCAAAGCCAAUUUGAAACGAACUCCAGUGGAUUACUUCCUGCUUCAUGUUCUGUUGAAGUUUCGCACAGACAAAGGCCGUGACCCCGACCCAAAGUCGUGUGCCGACGACAGCCAGCUGCUGAAACAGAUCAGAGACGACGUCCUGGAAGCCAUGGGGCUGAGCGGUGACCUUCUUAGUGACGACUUCAUCAGCUACUGCUUCUCAGAGAUGUCCCCGGUUUGUGCUGUUGUGGGUGGAGUUCUCGGGCAGGAGGUGGUUAAGGCUCUCUCCCAAAGAGACGCUCCCCAUCGUAACUUCUUUUUCUUUGACGGUCGUAAGGGCAACGGCGUGGUGGACUACUUUGGACCAAACUGAAGAUGCGGUUCAAACUUUGCUCUCAGGGCGGUUUAAACACAAACACAAGUUCAACAAACCAGGUUCUGUUGUUCCACCAGGGUAUUCAUCCACAGCACCUACUUCAAAAGCAUAAAAUAAGUCUGUUGGUUUUCUUUUCUUGCCACAAGUGUUGUAGGAUGGUGUUUUUUACAUUUGCUAAUAAAACAGUGGAAACAAAA